AUGCGCUGCUCCGAUCUCUUUCUCCUCACCCUCUGUGCCCUGCCAGGCAUAAGCUGCAAGAAUCAGGAGGAGAAGCUGCUCCAGGACCUGAUGACCAACUACAACCGCCACCUACGCCCAGCGCUGCGUGGGGACCAGAUCAUUGACGUCACCCUCAAACUCACCCUCACCAACCUCAUCUCCCUGAAUGAGCGGGAAGAGACCCUCACCACCAAUGUUUGGAUCGAGAUGCAAUGGUCUGACUAUCGCCUGCGGUGGGACCCUGAUAAAUACGAUGACAUCCAGCAGCUGCGGGUGCCCUCCACCAUGGUUUGGCUGCCUGACAUUGUCUUGGAGAACAACAUCGAUGGGACGUUCGAGAUCACACUCUACACCAAUGUGCUGGUGUACCCAGAUGGCAGCAUCUACUGGCUGCCUCCCGCCAUCUACCGCAGCUCCUGCUCCAUCCACGUCACCUACUUCCCCUUUGACUGGCAGAACUGCACCAUGGUCUUCCAGUCCCAGACCUACAGCGCGAACGAAAUCAACCUGCUGCUGACAGUGGAGGAAGGCCAGACAAUAGAGUGGAUCUUCAUUGACCCUGAAGCCUUUACAGAGAAUGGAGAAUGGGCCAUCAAGCACCGCCCUGCACGGAAGAUCAUCAACUCGGGGCGCUUCACCCCGGACGACAUCCAGUACCAGCAGGUGAUCUUUUACCUCAUCAUCCAACGCAAGCCGCUCUUCUACAUCAUCAACAUCAUCGUGCCCUGCGUCCUCAUCUCUUCCAUGGCUGUGCUGGUUUACUUUCUACCUGCCAAAGCGGGGGGGCAGAAGUGCACCGUCUCCAUCAACGUCCUUCUGGCCCAGACCGUCUUUCUCUUCCUCAUUGCCCAGAAGGUGCCCGAGACCUCCCAGGCAGUGCCACUCAUUGGGAAGUACCUGACCUUCCUCAUGGUGGUGACAGUGGUGAUCGUGGUGAAUGCUGUCAUCGUCCUCAACGUCUCACUGAGAACACCCAACACUCACUCCAUGUCUCAGAGGGUGCGCCAGGUGUGGCUGCACCUCCUGCCCCGCUACCUGGGCAUGCACAUGCCAGAGGAAGCCCCGGGGCCACCACCAGCCACCCGGCGACGCAGUUCCCUGGGGCUGAUGGUGAAAGCCGAUGAGUACAUGCUAUGGAAAGCCCGGACUGAGCUUCUCUUUGAGAAGCAGAAGGAGAGGGAUGGACUGAUGAAAACCGUGCUGGAAAAGAUUGGACGUGGCCUGGAGAACAACUGUGCACAGGACUUCUGCCAGAGCCUGGAGGAGGCAAGCCCUGAGAUCCGGGCGUGCGUUGAGGCCUGCAACCACAUCGCCAACGCCACGCGGGAGCAGAACGACUUCAGCAGUGAGAACGAGGAGUGGAUCCUGGUGGGGAGAGUGAUUGACCGCGUCUGCUUCUUCAUCAUGGCCUCGCUCUUUGUGUGUGGCACCAUUGGCAUCUUCCUCAUGGCUCACUUCAACCAGGCGCCCGCUCUGCCCUUCCCUGGGGACCCCAAGACGUACCUGCCCCCAUGACAGGUCCAAAUGGCAGGGUCUGGGGGUCCCCAGACUUGGCUCCCAGUACCAAGAGUGGUGACGGGAGCAUGGGGUGGCUGUGGUUGUGCUGAAAGCAGAAGUAAAGCCCGUGGUGGUUUCAUGAGCUCCUGAACAUUUUUGUACCCAUUGGAGGUGUUACUCUCAUUGGACAGCCCUGACACGACCCUGAGGAUUGCACUUAGCUGGGGACAGGGACACUGCUACAGACCUUCAAGCCACACAGCACCUCAUGGAGGCACUGAGGGGUGGGACAAGGGGGAACCAGAGCAGAGUUGGGCAUCUGAUGGGCCAUGCACUGCAAGAUGUACUAGCAGUGAGAUUCACAUUGCCUCCUGCAAAUCCACAGCUUCAACACUGGGACAAAUGCAGACCCUGGUAUCCCCACAGCCAUGGUGGCAUUGGGGCAGCAAUGGGGCCAUAAGUGAGGACAGGCAAUUCCUCAUUCCACUUCUAUUCUAGCCACAGCAAUUCAACUGCUCCUGCUUCCUGGCAAGCUCCAGCAAGUGGCUUUGAGUGAAAAGAACAGAGCACCCAAAUAUUCUUUGGGGAUGGUGCUGCUUGGCAUCCACCAUGUUACAAGCAUCACCUCAGUGCCUCAUCUCAUAUACUGAGCACAACCCUUUCCCUCUGCCCCCACGCGUCCCUCCCCUGCUCCUCCCUGACCCCUGGGACCUGCAGCUUUGUCCCUACUGGCAGGGGGGUGCGGGAGCCAGCUUGGGAAUGCUGGCAGGCAAUACAUGUCGCCAGCAGACGCACAGCAAUAUGGCCUCAUUUCGCCCCUGUGCCCCCAUAGCCAUACACAUUGAUGUCCCAUCAUCAGGCCCAGGGUGGCUAAAAGGAUGGGAGAGCCCUGGCCAAACGCUCCCAGCCCUACGAGGGACAGGAGCUGAUCUCAGUUCCCUAAGCUGUAGAACCAGCCACAUCCCCAGCCCCUGGCCUUUCUCUCCCUAAGAAGGUGCAGCAUUGAUGAGCUCUGGUGGGGGAAACACUUUGCAGGUCACCCUGCCCAGAGCUUGCAGAGCAUGUGCUGUAAAAGGGAAAGAUCUCCUCCAGCCCAGCACCAACUCCAGGUGCAUGUGCCCCAUCAAGAAGCACUAAUAAGAGCAACAUCUCCCCCUGCCUACCAAUACUCACCUUCUCCACCUCCAAAAUUGGGGACUCCUUUCACCUCUUUUGAGUCAGGAAGCAGUUUUCCUCCUUGGUUCCAGAUUGGAAACACCCCAUAAGCUCCCACCAUCAUUCUCUGAACCCAAAGCCCAGCCAUCAGCUGUACUCAGGCAGCCACAGUUCACAGCCUGGCACAGCCCAGCAUCCCCUGCCCAGGGAAAGCAAAGACCUGGCAAUGACUCCACAGCUUGAAGGAGUUCCAGGCACUGGUGGUUUACUCAAAGGCUGCUACACAGAGAUCUGGGCAAGCUUAAGGGUGGACAAAGCCUUGAGGAUGAGAGCAGGGAAGGUCAUGACUCAGCACAGAUCUGGGGCUCCUACACAAGCUUGCUUCCUGAAUGAAGAUGUGAAACCUAUGCUUGAGCACGACAGGUUCCUUCCCCUCCCAAACAAAUUAUGAUCAUCUUUUCACCAUUCAUACUAGCAGGACUCAGUUCACUCCUCAACUAACAGGAACCAGUGCUGGCUUCCUCCAGACCUCCACCAACCUCCACCACAGUGACAGCAGGAAGCAAAGAACAGCCCCAGGGAAGGGCUCUUCCGCAUUUCCCUUGCAAUGAUUACUUAAGGGCGAGCACAGCAGGACUGCAGCGUUUUCAGAUUUAAUAGCAAGCCUGCACUCAUCAGCACCAGCUUAGACACAGGGUAUCAGAGGCAAGAAGUGGGCGAGUACAUGAAAUAGCAGAUGUGGACAUGACGCACAGCUGGGCAAAACAACAGGACUAAAGCCCUAAGUGAUGUCAUCUGCAAGGAGCUAAAUGCACUGUGGAUGAAAGGAGCCUGCAGCUAGUAUUUCAGCCUUGCCUUGCAAGGCUAUUUUUGCUUAGAUUGCUAAAAUGUAAUUACAACUAAAUCCCCAUAACAAAUACCAGAGAGCAGCAGGAGAGAGCUGUAUUUAAAAGGAAUUUUAAGUAGCAACUGUAGUAGUACCUGAUCACAGUGGGGAAAACAAACUGCACCUGGGAAAGAUCAUUUGGUUGAAAGCUGGUGGAAAACGAGUGGCAAGAACAGAAAUAGGGCUGUGUUAAGAAACACGAAGAGCAAUGCCACCGUCAGGGAAAUGGCCUCUCCCACCUGCCCAGCCAGAUGCCAGGAGGUACAAGCUGCAUGGCCGUGGGGAGGUGGCCGCAGGUGGCAGUUUGUCAUUGCUGUCACUGCGUUGAAUGCUUCCAGAGACCACUUGGGACUGAAACCCUCAAUGCGGAAAACAAGCCCUUCAGAAGAUUGAAUUAUUUCAGGCUGUCUUCUCUGCUGGUUCUGGCUGCUUUCAGUCUAGACUUCAAUAAUAACAUGGAAUUUGCAAUUUGGAGACAUGAGGCUGAAGGUCUCCCGGGCCCCAAGGCCAGAAUUUGUCCCAGACACAGGUUGCUGGUUCUGCAGUCACUACUGAAUAGGUCCCAGCAGCCCCUUCUCCUGGGGGAUUGUGCAGAGAGCAUAGGGCAGGAGGUGUGCCCCAGCUCUGGCCGCAGCCUCCCCCUCAGGCCCAUGCAAAGGCUCUAUUAAAAAUGAAAGGCAAUUGUGCGAUUCCCUAAGGAAGAGGGGAAAGGCUAAAGCUGUUAAUGAGUACAAUUAGUGUUGUAGUCAAGCAGAAUCAGAGGAAAUAAUUAGCUCCUAUUGUUUCUGUGGCAUCUGAAUUGCAGGCAUGCUGGCUUUCCAAGCAGCAACCCAUCAGUCCAGCCUUACCCAGAGCACAGGAGACAGGGGGUCACAGCUUCCAUGCAGCUCCAAGCAGCAGUCCAGGCCAUCACCCUCUUUCACUACAGCCACUGGGGUCCAUUUCGCAGAUGGCUGGAGACUCACAAACAACAGCACACCCCAGCUCAGCUGCCUACAGAAGCAUGUACAGCCCCACACUCAUCCUCUCCUGAUGGUUCUCCAGUGAGAUGGCUGGAGUAUAGCAAUUAAAUGACACCAAAUACCAUUUUGUCCUAGUUUAAAGGCAGCUUGCAGCCCUCUCCCCAGCAUGGAAGGCUGAGUGCAAGGCACUGCUAACCAGGGAAUAUGAAGAAGCAGCAAAGACCAAGUAAUCAUCUCAUUCUUCAAAUGAACUAUUGCACUACUGUGUGUCCACAUAACUCCCCCAGUACAAUGAAGUUUGACCACCACUGGCACUUGGAGUGCUUUGCUGCUGCAGAGCUAAGGGUCAUGGAGCUGGGUAG